CUGGUGGAGUUCACUGCAAGAGAUGACCAAGGGAGUCAAAGACGGUAUGGCGUACGAGGAAUCUCGAGGUGAUGAUUUGGAGGACGGACUAGAGGUGGAUCAGGACUUCUUAGCUUCCCCUGGUGCUAGUGGGAGUGGGUCAUCCGUAGGAGACGGAGAUGGGGUCAUGGGGGAUGAAGAGGUCGUCGAUGAAGGAGAAUUCUUCUCAGAUCCAGAAGCAGAGGAGCAAUCAAGGUCGAGAAACCUACAAGCAGGAGCAAAACGGAAAGGAGACGACGGAGAAGAGGACGAUGCGACACGGACUGCCGAGAAGAAGAGACGGAAAAAAGAGAGAGAGAAGAGACGGAAGGCAAGGCGGCAUCAAGCCCACUCGCCAUCGUCUUUUUCAAAACCUCUGUCUCAUCUCGCGACAUCUGAGCUCUUCCAGCUCCUCCUCUCUUCCAUACGAGAUACAUUUCCGGCCGCGAGUCCGAUGGAGAUUGAGGAUCUGCAGAUUCCAGAGAACCAACUGUUACCAGCCCUUGACACAGAACAUAUCGGGUCGGUCCCUGAACAGUCCCUCCUAAAGGAUCGUUUACAUCCAUUCUUAACCGACAAAAAGUUACCGCCAUCAACACCUCGGGUCAUCGUUCUCUCACUAUCGGGUCUCAGAUGUGCAGAUGUGGUGCGUGAAGUCAAAUCGAUUCCGGGACAUGGUGAAGUCGCCAAGCUCUUUGCGAAACAUCUCAAAUACGAGGAUCAGGUCAAUUACCUAGCCAAAACUCGCACGAUGGUUGCAGUAGGCACCCCAGCCAGAGUUGGGAGGCUACUGGCGGAAGGUGCCUUGAAAAUUACCAAAAACACUGUCAUUCUACUGGAUGCCUCAUUUCAUGAUUCAAAAAAGCGAACGCUGCUAACACUGCCUGAGGCUCGUACGGAGCUAUGGAAAUCUGUCUUCUCAGGCAAGGCUCGGGACACAAUAAUAAAAGGAGGCGCGCGAGUCGGGGCGUUCUAGUGCGAAUGCAUC